AUGGCGGGCGGCAGAGCGGGCCCCCGGCGGCGGCCCAUGACCUUGGCUGAGGCGGGCCCGGGCACGGAGAACGAGCGGCUGGGGCGGGUCCGGCUCAGCAUGCUGCGGAACCCGCUCAUCAUCAAGCCAGAACUUGGAAAGCCCAUGAGAAACUGCUACUCCCUGCCAGGCCCUGAUUUUACCUAUGGGAUGUACACGCACAAGAGAGAUGGAGGAGUCCCUGAAGCCAUAGGCCGCUGGGACUCAGUGAAGGCCAAGGCUCACCUCCAUAAGAGGAGGGUGAUGCCCCGGGAUUUCGUGGCCAUGGGCCGUGCAGCUGUGGAUGAAGGCUGCACCAAAGCCAGGGAGUUUGCUCUGUACUACGGCUACAUGGACAUCCGCUGCAAGGACAAGGGCAUCCUCAGAUAUGGGCGCAAGGCACCCCCAGGCAUGACCUUUGGCAAGCCACCACGGCCUCCCACUCCCUUUUUUGACAUCAUGCAACACAGAUACAAGGAGCUGUGGAUGGAGGAGCAGAGAGCCCGGACUAGAGUCCAGCACAUGGUGAAGAAAAAGAUCGGCGAGGUGCGCGAGAACCGCACCACGUUCCUGCGCACGCACCCGCUGCCCGUGAAGGAGGAAUCCUUCUGGCACCUCCGGCGCUUCGAGAAGGUUAAGCCUCAUCUCAGGACUUUUCCAGACCCUGAAUCCCGUCAAAAGGCUCUCAGUGCCUCCCACUGAGGAGUUGCUGUGAGCUGCCCCUUCCCCAGAGGGCCCCCACAGCGGGGAUGGUGC